GUCUCUUCAUUGCACGCGGGCGAGGUUGGUUCAUCAGGUACGGCAUCUCAGCGCUGUGCAUCGGAGGGCUGCCCUGCAUCCAAAUGACGAAUAUCGAAAUAUCGAAUUCGAAUAAUCAGCGACCAGAACGCUGAGAACUAGCGCCAUUGCCUCCAGAAGCCUCCCCCGACUGUUGCGAGCGACUGCAUCGACACAUUCAACUGUAACAUAUGUAUCAAUCGGGCAGUGCGGUGGUUUUAGGAGGAGUGUGCUACGUGUGCUAUUCAGCAGCCAUAUUAUUUUAUCCAGCGCUUUUGACUUGCGCAUCAGGGAGCCUGACGCUGGCCGUCAACCGGACAGUUAUGGCUUCACCCUCGCAUCAUGUUACAGAAGGAAGUUCUGACGGAGGUCGCUUCAAGCUGAUCCUCCGACAACAACCAAAACGUGCGAGAAUGUGUGGCUUUUCUGACACCAAAGAUCGACGGCUUGUCGACCCACCACCAGUACUGCAGCUUAUUUUUGUUACAGAUGGAGAAGAUGUGCUUGUCAGGGCCGAAGAAACUCCAAGAUGGAUUUGUCACGUUGCCCUAUACUCUCCAGAUGGCACUGAAGAUUGCAGCAUCGUGGUCAAUCCCCGCGCAAUAGGUAGCGGCAGCGAUGAGGGACAACCAGCUGAACCCCCUUCGGGCACUGUGUCCGAUCGAAAAAGAUUCCGACCUUGGUGUACAGAGGACUCAACACGCGAUCCGUUGACUGCCGGGGUGACGACCCUAAUAAAUACAUCACCACUUGACGCAACAUCACGUUCGGGUUCGUCAACCCCUGAUCAAUCGCGAUACUAUCAGUCCUUGGUCGGAUCUACCGUCGUUCCCUGUGAGAUCCUCCGAGACCCGGACGGGCAACUGGGCAUGUUCUUUGUAUUUCACGACUUGUCUGUACGGACUAAGGGGCAAUAUCGCCUGAAGUUUCUGUUGGUACAACUGAAUCUAGAGGGUAAGGUAUCAGAAGCAAAAGGCAGCGUAAUGACAGACAUUCUCGAUGUUUUCCCACCAAAGACGUUCCCAGGGAUGACGGAAUCGACGCGACUUUCAAAGUGCUUUGCUCGACAGGGCGUUCCAAUUCACAUUCGCCAGGAUUAUUCAACAAGUAGGGAGCCACUUGCAGUACUGCCUUGCUGGACAUCUAUCCCGGAAGAAGAAAAAGACAAGUAGCUACGGCUUUAUCUAUUAGCGCAAAGCGUAUGAACCGGCAGUUGCUUGGUCUCUAGAGACAUGUGAAAGCAAACGAUUGCGACCUAUCUCUCCGCCCCUUUCUCUCUUCAGCAGCCAAAUUAGCUAGCUACUGCUGGGUUCCGUCCCUGAAGAUUCAAGAAUUUGUUCAUUGGCUCCAAAGAGGGAUCUUUGUAUUCACCCGUUCAUAGAAAUUUGAUAGCUUCAGUGCUCAUUUAGAUGAUUUUAAUUUGAAGACUUGCUGCUUGCCUAAUCCUCUC